AUGUUUUGCGACGCUAUGAAAUUGUCGCAACACAUCGGAUGGCGUCACCUGAACCGAUAGUAAAGGUCCCUGUUGAAUUCCACGCGGCUACGCUAAAAUAGGCGCAAGAACGUCGUGUUUCGUCUUUCUCAUAAAGCGUUGGCCUUCAUUGCGGAGGUGGCCCUAACGGCGCGGUUUGCACAUUUUUGACAGUUGAAGGCAGAAAACGGAAGACUUCGGAAUCAACAUUUGCGGUACGUUUGAACGAAUCGUUGUAUUCGUAGUCUGCGUUUGUUGCUGGGAACUUAAAAUACGUCCCACUCUAUGAACUCACAAUUUGUCGCAACGUUGAGAGUCCGUAGCCCCAGCCUCCUCAGGACGAAGAACCGAGGCUUCGUGUUGAAAAUGGGGUAGCGUUGUUCCACAGCGACGUUUCAUAGAUUACAUUUGGAAUGGUGCAAUAUGAUGUAACCGCUAAUAGUGACAAGUUAAUCGACGUCGUUGCUCAGUAUGACGCCUUUGUGUUGUUGUAUUUUGAAAUCCGCGAGCGGAAACGGCGCUCCGGUCGCCUGUGAUUGACGCUGUCAGGAAGUGGGAUGUGGCCAGAUUGUAUUUAUGCUGCUGUUCGAGAUAUGAAAAUCAUUGAAUCAGCGCGCCUCGCCAGCUCUGCUUCACCGCAGGUCACAGCCGGGAGAACAGCGUUGCUCCCCGGCACUCGAGUCGCUACCGGGAGUCGAAAGCAGCGAACGGAGUCGCUGGGUCUUUGCUUCCGUUUGGAUUGGACCACUUCCCUCAAGACUUCACACCCUCACGCCCAAACACUUUAUCGCAACUGCAUCCAGGGCGUCGGUUACGUAAUAAGUAUGUGAAUCCAUAUAGUGAGUUCGAAAAAAGAUCUCUAUUCUGGUUGAGGACGAAGAUUACCGGGUCUCGUCGUUUAUUACAAAUGUCAGCAAGUCGCCACCACCGAGUGAUGAUGGAGUCCUCUUUAGCUCUCGGUAGACUGGAGCUGAGUGCCGCUGUCGGGGUCAACAUGAGCCCGUGCAUCUCCCCCGGCGCCUCCACCAAAGAGAUGAUCGCUCACCGGCCCAUUGGAACACAAGGACCGGCUCACCUCAAUGGCUGCGUGCCGCUGUCGCACCAGGUCGCGGGUCACAAGUACGGCGUGGAUAAAGUGGGGAUUCUGCAGCAUCCAGACGGAACAGUCCUGAAGCAACUCCAGCCUCCACCGAGAGGACCGAGGGAGAUGCGGUUUUACAGCAUGGUAUACGCAGAGGACUGCUGUAACCCUUGCCUUCUGGAGCUCCAGACCCAUCUUCCGAAAUAUUACGGCACCUUGUCCUCUCCUGAUGCGCCCGAUGACGUGUACAUGAAGCUGGAAGACGUCACCCGACGCUUCGUCAAGCCGUGCAUCAUGGACGUGAAGCUGGGCCGGCGAAGCUACGAUCCGUUCGCCUCGCAGGAGAAAAGGGAGCAACAGAUCAGAAAGUACCCGCUGAUGGAGGAGAUGGGCUUCCUGCUCCUUGGCAUGAGGGUCUACAAGCUGUGCAGUGACACUGUCGACACCUUUGACCAGCACUACGGGAGGGGACUGUUGAAGGACACCAUUAAAGACGGCUUGGCUAAAUUCUUUCACAACGGCGUUUGUCUGAGGAAGGACGCAGUCGUAGCCAGCAUUCGCCGAGUGCAGAAUAUCCUCCGCUGGUUCGAGUCUCAGCGGCAGCUGGUCUUCUACGCCAGCUCCCUUCUCUUCGUCUACGAGGGCCUCCCCUCUUCGUCCACCUCGAGCGCCUUCCCCCUCAUCGGCACCACCCCGACGAACAGCCCAGCUGCUGUAGGCAAAAGGUGGGAUGGGGAGGAUGAAAGGCGAAAGGAGGAAGGAGAAAAGAAUGAAAAGAUGGCAGAGUACAACAACAACAACAACAUUCAGGGGGCGGUGCCCUACGAUUGCACCUUAGACUCGAUUUACACCAAUCGCAGGAAAGGUGGCCUCCAUCUUUGCGUCAAGGCUCACCUUCAAGGCAGCAGCGGAGACGCCGGCACCGCGGGGACGACGACACCGCGCCGACCGGUUGCCGUAGAGAAAUCGCCGCAGCGAGACAACUCCACGUGGUUGUCCCGGCGACCGCCAAACGCAAACGGAAACAAAUCCCGACUUGAAGGGAAGGGCGAGGAUAGAGAGGGCGAGGAGAGCGGCAGGAGAGAAGCGGGUAUCGUGCGGGGAGGAGGCGAGGCAACGGGGUUGAGCGAAGGCGACGCGCAGGUCGAGGUCAAGAUGAUCGACUUCGCCCACGUCUUUCCCAGCGAGAGCCACGAUCACGGCUACAUCUACGGCCUCAAGCACCUGCUGACCGUAUUGCGCCAGAUACUCUCUGAUGCCGCUUAAACUCGGCCUCGCUUUACCUUCUGACUCGCUGAACGUCGACCGUUAUCUCCGCCGACAUGCCCGCUCUCCCUCCUGAAUCGCGGCGUCAUCUCGCCCGAUUGUCGUACGUGUGCGCGCGUGAAGUCAUUUCUCCGAGCGGAAGGCGCAACGGCUGACCGUUCGACGUGCGCUAAGCGACCCCUUGAAGGCUUCAGUCGGUGGCUCCGCGGACUCUCACAUGACACGAGCUCCAAAGUGUGACCCUACAUUUGAAAUGCACUGGAUUUGACGAGUCUAUUUUUAUAUUCAGGCCGCUGAGGAAGGGAAAAAAACAAAACUAUUGGCUUUGUGUUGUAUAUCAGAACAUCUCGAAUCCUGAGUGAGCCAGAGAUUUUUAUGUAUUGUUUAUACUAUAAUAACUAUUUGAUACUAUUUAUAGAAGUUUUAGGUUUUAAAUUUGUGCUUGAUUGUGUGGAUGCUGAGAGACGAGCUUUCACUGCCAUAAUGCAUCAAAAUGUCCAUUUUUUGGGGGGGUCAUUCUGAUUCAUUCUUUUUUUUUUUAGCCGCCGCAGUAGCAGCACCACCUUUGGCAUUGGUGUGCUGCUACCUUUGUUUUACCCCCAAAAUCGUUGCUUCCAAAACACUACUUUUGGACACGAAUUAAAAAAAAAAAAAAAAAGGCCAAACCAAUAA